UUUGUAGAUCUCUGAUCUUUGCAAUAAAAGAUCUUCUUGAAUUCCAGAACACAAAUCUGCAGAAGAGCUAGUCUUGUUAGUAGUGUUCAUUAAUUCUUGAAGAUCUUUUGCACAAUAUAUAUAUUAUCAAUUAAUAUAUAUAAUGGCAAGAAUGUCAGAUUCCCUUGUGAUAGGAAGAGUAGUUGGGGAUGUGAUAGACUGUUUCUCCCCAAGUGUUAAGAUGUGUGUAAUUUACAACCCAAACAAGCAUGUCCACAAUGGCCAUGAGUUUUUUCCAUCCUCUGUCACCACUAGACCUAGGGUUGAGGUUCAUGGAGGUGAUAUGAGAUCCUUUUUUACACUGAUUAUGACAGACCCUGAUGUUCCCGGCCCUAGUGAUCCAUACCUUAGGGAGCACCUACACUGGAUAGUCACAGACAUUCCAGGCACAACGGAUUCCUCAUUUGGAAGGGAAAUAGUGAGCUAUGAGAUGCCGAGGCCAAAUAUUGGGAUUCACAGAUUUGUGUUUGUGCUUUACAAGCAAAAGAGAAGGCUGGGAAUGGGAGUGAACGCACCAUUGUCACGUGACCGAUUCAACAGCCGCAAAUUUAGCGACGACAACGACCUCGCCGCCCCUGUGGCUGCCGUCUUCUUCAAUUGCCAGAGGGAAACUGCGGCCAGAAGGCGUUAAUUAAUUACUACUUCUCAUCUUCCAUUUCUAAAAUAAAUAUGUCAAAAUCAGCUUUCACAAACCCAAUCCCAAUAAUUAAUUAUGUAGCUUACUGGGAGCAUAUAUGCAUGCAUGCAAUGUGAGAAUGUUGGCAUAUAUAAAUACAUAAUGAAAUCCAUCCCCACCACUAUGGACGUAGUGUGUAUACAAUAAUCCAUGCAUCAUGCAUGCACAGAUAUAAUUCUGCAUGAUGUUUAAUACGUUCGGAUGUAUUAUAAUAAUGUUAUAAUGUAUUAUUGUCACCAUUUAUUUGUGGACUAAAUUUAGGGCAAUCUCAUAGGUGUGAAUUUUUUGAUGAUUUUUUUUUUUAAUUCCAUGUAGAAAAGAGGGGGAAGA